UGCGCGAAUGAGCGGAGAAUCACUCGAACUGUGAUCUCAGGUGUUGCGACUGGGGCGCUAAGUGCGAAACUUAGGCUGACCGUGUGCAGCUGUUUCCGCUUUUAUCACAAUGUCACCUUGACACAAGUCGGAUUAACAUGGCUUAGUGAUUUUCGUCCAAGUCAGAUAAUGUUUAUCUCUCACUGAGGUGAGCAGGACAUGCUCACCAGGCCUACGCAACCGUUUCCGCGGGGAUUAACUAAAGCCACGAGACGGAGAGAACAUCACACGGUGAAUUAUGGUAGUACCAAACGAACGCCCAACUAUCUAGAUGGCUCUGAUCUGUCACCAUCCGGUGUUGCCACCUGCUCCGACGCAGCAAUGAUAAGUCCAUUGUUGCAAGAUGGACCUCACUACAAUGAAUUGGUCGCAACUGAACCGACCGGACUGGACCCGGUUAAGACAGUGUGCCGUCCACGCACCCACAUGCUCCCGGCAUUAUUUGCCAAACGCAUCAGCGAGAGAUCACAUCAAGUUCUGGAUAGAUUGAAUGGAUAUCCGGAUAUUACCCCAUAUGAAAUUUCGAGGACAACGGAAUACCCUGAUAAAACUGUCAGUCAUCCAGAGAUAGAAAAAAGCAUUUUUGUGAACACGUCCGGUCAUCGUGGCCUCAACUCAAGGAACAAUCAUCCGGGCUGCUGCCUCACCCCAGAGCACAGCUCAUCGCACACUUUCACUCCUACGGAGUCGUCUCGUUCUACGACCACGAUGCUGGGUGAUAAAGUCAUCACUUCCUCCCUGAAUGGCUUCCAGCCGACACUGCCCCAUGUGCGACCUUCGCAUCCCCUAAUCUCCAUACCCUUCAGUCAGUCUGUUCCGACCCAUCAAGUUGGAGUUCCGGAUGAAGUGACACAUGAUCGCUGGGACGGUUCACUUACGCGGAGUCCGCCAGUUCUCCCAAGCACAACAGUCAUCACCUCCACUGCUUCCACAUCCAACCCCACUGUCGUUCAGUGCAAUCUACAGCGUUCCGCUCGUCCUUCUGCUCGCACUAUGUAUAGCACAAAUCAACCAGAUGGGCAAAAACACUACACCAGACUAGAAUCGCUAUCUUCAGUUGUGCCCCUAGGAUCCGUCGCUCCAAUUACUGGGCGUCUACGUAGGGAAAGUCUCAGUACCACUGGUGGCGACCGGAACUCUGUCGCAGAUCAGCCGGGAUAUCCAAUGUCGGGGGACAGUGUAACCAGCCAGCAAUCUACUGUGACCGGAUCAGUACUGACUUUCCAUCACAUCACUUAUGAAGUGAAACUGAAGAAGAUGCCUUGGAGUCGUGCGGUUAGCAAAACAGUUUUGAACGAUGUGAGUGGAAUAUUGCGCCCGGGCUUGAAUGCAAUCAUGGGACCAACUGGAAGUGGGAAGUCAUCGCUACUGGACAUAUUGGCUGGUCGCAAAGACCCACGGUUUCUUUCUGGCCAAGUCCUAGUCGAUGGAUAUCCUCAACCGAAAAACUUCAAAUGCAUUUCCGGAUACGUCGUUCAGGAUGACAUCGUUAUGGGCACCCUAACUGUAAGGGAAAAUCUCAACUUUUCCGCUGCCCUUCGCAUGACAGGCCGAUGUUCACGGCAGGAACGGCGCAGGAAAGUGGAGGAGCUAAUCGAGGAGCUGGGCCUGACUAGUGUAGCUGAUAGCAAGAUCGGCACCGACCUUAUUCGUGGCGUUUCCGGUGGCGAAAGAAAACGAACCAACAUUGGGAUGGAAUUGAUAACGGAUCCUCCGGUAUUAUUCUUGGAUGAGCCGACCACCGGGUUGGAUGCCUUUAUGGCGGGUCAGGUGAUCAAGACAUUAAAAAACUUAGCGCGCAGAGGGCGAACCAUCAUCUUUUCCAUACAUCAGCCCAAAUAUUCCAUCUACAAGCUCUUCAGUUCACUCACACUGCUAUUUCGCGGUCGAAUUGUCUACCACGGUCCAGCCAAAUACGAGCCGAUUCGAUACUGCCUAAAUCUCGGCUACGUGUGUGAAAACCACAACAACCCUCCGGACUUCUUCAUGGAUAUCCUACAUGGCGAAGUCGCUCAACGCCAGUCACAAUCUCGAGAUGCGCGCGAGAGGCUGGAAGAACCGGAACACAUUCUCCUCGUCGGAGAACGCUUAGUGCAGGAAUGGGAUCAGUCGGCCGAGUGCGAGAGAAUUAGCAAGGAGGUGACGGCUAUCACGAACGUUUUGCAGUCGGAGGCUGCCGGUACUAACAACCAUGGAAAAAUCUCUUCGGUGCCUGAAGUCAGUUACUCCGUCUCAUUUUGGCGUCAAAUGCAUCAAGUGUGUUGGAGGACAUCGAUUAAUUUGCUGCGCGAUCCAUUGGCGUCCAUUGUGCAAACACUGGUGUACCUGUUCUUCGCAUUAUCUAUGGGUGUUGUUUAUUUUCAAAUGAACACCUCGCUGGAAUCUGGGAUACAGAAUCGUGCGGGUCUGUUUUUCUUUUCUACCCUUCAAGUGGUGUUUGUCAAUCUGGGCUCGAUCGAAUUGUUCAUCAAAGAGCGAGUGCUCUUCAUACAUGAAAACAGCAGCGGUUAUUAUCGGAUAUCCGCCUACUUUCUGGCCAAAAUCUUGUGCGAUAUUCUACCAACCAAAGUGCUUCCGGUUCUCCUAUUCAUGCCCAUCUGCUAUUGGAUGGCUGGUCUGCUUCCGGAAGCCGCGGCGUUUUUCAUUUUUGAGCUCAUUCUCAGCGUGACAACACUGGCCGCAGCUGCUGUUGCUCUAUUCAUUUCCGCCAGCUUCACACUGUUUGGAAUCGCCAACGUGAUUGUCUCCAUACUGUUUGUUUUUAUGAUGGUCUUUGGAGGAUACCUAAUCAAUUUGAAGUCCAUGGCCCGAUGGCUGAAUUGGCUUCGUUAUCUAUCCAUAUUCCGAUACAGUAUGGGAGGCCUCCUUAUCUCGGAAAUGAGACCCCUCAUCUUCUGUCCCAUGACAAACACCUCAACCAUCACUCAUUCGGAUAGCCGGCAAUGGUAAGUUUCGUAUGGAGGCUGAAAACAACCUUUAUUUGCGUUUAUCCCGUCAACCUGAAUAUGCAUUUUAUUUGAUUCAACGGCAAGCUGUAAACUCCCGUGACAUUGGUAGCCACUGAUGCAGUUGUUGUGAGAGUUCAUUCAUCGGAUGAAUAAAUGUCGCCGUCUCGAAAUAGCACUUGCCCCAGAAGACAUCCUGCAGCUAUCGUGGACGAUGUAUCCAGGGCUUAAAGAUGCAUUCGAUGAAGCGGCGGAUGAUUCGUUAAUAAAGCUGAAGGCAACAGUAGCAAUUCUGUUGCAAAGUUAGCGUACGUUGAGAUGAAAAUGCGUGUAUUCGGUGGAAGGGGUUGAAACCACGUGAGAAGGUCAGUUAAGACAUGAUCACAACAUGAUGCCCCUACGUACUGCUGGUCAACGACGCAUACACUGGUUAAUGUAUAACAGCAGGGAAAGAAGACAACCUAUACAAUAAAAGGUGGUGCCUGAAUGAGGUUUUAGGUUCAGAAAGGUGCGCAUGGCUUUUGAUUCUCGGAAAGCGAAGAUUGAAUGGGCUUGUUGACAUCGAAAGUGCUACACUACUUAACGGGUUAAAGGUAAGUACUAAUUAUCAACGUUACUUGCUUCGAGCAUGUUAAGGCAAAGGUACAGUGUGUAAAAACACUCCGGCUUGUUGCCUGAUUGUCCUAUCUGCCAUCCGCAGCGAGAGACAGAGGAAGUACUGUUUAAAAAACUGAAACGAAGGGAUGUCGAAGAACUCUGAGGCAUCUAAGAAGGCCCUCGAAACAUGAUAAAUUUGAAGGCGAGAAACGAGGUAUUGCUAAAAUUGAAGCAAAUAAGCAAUCUGAUGACGUGUUUAAUUUCUUUUUCAGCCAACCGGGUACGCUCUACUUGCGUGACCAGGACAUCCCCUACGAAACAGCAUGGGAUUUGUGGAGUAACGUGUUCGGACAAUCAAUCAUCACCGUGGUUUUUUACAUUUUGUGUUACGUGCAGCUGCGUCGGAUAAACAAGUACAAAUGAUCAAACAACUGCUCAGGUUAUAUGCAGCGGUGCUA